AUGAUGCAGAAAAAAGAAAGGAUUAAAAGAGCAGCAAAGAAUAGAGAGCUUGGUGUUAAAAGGUUGAAGCUACAACCACUGUCGAAACCCAAGACAGUGACAUAUUGCCGCCAUUAUCUCAAUGGCAGAUGUCAAGAGGGCGAGAAGUGCAAAUUUUCACAUGAUACAACGCCCUUGACAAAAUCUAAGCCAUGCUCCUACUUUGCACGACAUUCUUGCAUGAAAGGAGACAACUGCCCGUUUGAUCAUCAACUGUCCAAGUAUCCUUGCAACAAUAUUGUAACCAAUGGCUUUUGCAGCAGAGGUGCUGGUUGUUUGUUUUCGCAUGAGAUUUCCGCUAAGGAUGGUUCUCUGCCAACUUCAAAUGUUACGAAGCCUGAAUCCAAGUCUCCAACCCUGGUAAGCAAGACAAUUUCUAAGAAACAGGUGAAUAACCAAGGUGUCCCUCAUCAGCAUGCUGAUGCCAAGUUCUCCGUAAUGGCAAACAUUUCUGGUAAGAGUACAGAGAAGAAAGCGUCAGAGCAUCUGGAUAGACCUUCUGCUCAGACACCAAAAGGAAUCUGCUUCAUUUCGCAUGUGAGAUCGCCACCAGGUGAUACCAGUAAGCAUAAACAAGCUGUUCCACAUCUUAAAGGAGACAAUAGUGACAAAGUCAGCUAUAGCAUGACUAGGAACCUUGAAGACAGCAUUCAGAAGUCGAAUGACCUAGCCAAGGGUGCACCUUCAAAGAUGCCAAGGGGAAUAAACUUUCUGUUGUUUGGCAAACGUCCUUUGGAUGAGUCUCUUAAUAGGGAUUAUGGGGUCAGUGAAUCAUUGUUAGGGCAGGUAAGUAAAAGCAAGUUAGUUGACUCGCCUUUGAAAAGUGAAGUUCGCGUCAAAAUUGACAAUCAAGCUGCCCAAAGCAGUGCGGACUUAGAGUUAAAAGUGAAUAAAACAGCAAACAUAGUUUCACCUUCGUCCAUGCCUCAGGCCAUGAAGUUUCUUUCAUAUGGAAAAACUCCAGUAGACAAUCCUACGGCUAUUAGCCAACGUGACACGCUUCGCAGCAUUGUUAACGUGGGUCUGCCAUUGGUCCAACGGAAGGAAUAUGCACUUGAUGGACUCAAAUUCUUCCCUGCAAUGCCGCAAAGGUCAGCAUCUUCUUCCAGCCAUUCGAUCAAUCAUUGGAUCAACCAAGCACUGGAGGAAUGUCAAGCUUUUCAAAGACAUCACUCCUGCUGAAUGCACCAACCUCGGUACAGAAAGCCCUCCGGUCAACCUUGGCAUUUGCAGUCAACGUUCAGAGGAUAAAUUGUUGGAAGCCUCUGAGACUCUGGACUUAAUGCUGAAUUGCAUCAGUCACUGAACAGUGAAUUGAGGACAACCAGUCAAAUGCAACUUCAAUUUAUGCAUAAUUCUCUGCACAGAUUACUGGUUUUUGCAGUUAUUCCUGCAGUAAAAAUGUUCAAUUGUUUCCAGAGAGCUGCUGCUCUAUUUAGUCUCCAAGGAUUUUGGCGGUUUGUAGCACUAAGCUGCAAGCUACUCAAAAUGAGAGCUGACCUCUCUCCUCUGUUGUGUUACUUGGUGAAACUACAGGUUGUUUGUUUCUUGAUAUGGCUGCUUGAUGAUGCUUUCUCAUAUUGCACAAACGAACAAUUUCCCAACCUGCAGGGCGAGCCAAUGCUGAGGUGCAAAUGAAGGCCAAAGACAACUGUGCUCAGCAGCUUUGUUGAAUCAAGCCAGCUGAUGAAUCAAAUGUUUGAAGUCUUGGUAAAUGGUAGGAAACUAAGAGGACAAGCAGGUUUCGGGUGAAAGAUUGCAAAUAUCUCAAAGAAUUCCAUGAUGCGGGGGAAGAAUACUGAUAUUAAGAAGUUUGCCAUGAGUUAACGUGUUCUCUGCUUUUCCUUGGCCCCAAUGACGUCUCUAAUGGAUCAAUACGCGGCUCAACGUUUUGAGGUUCACCAGCCUAUUUGCACCUUUGAGGAUUAAUGGUACAUUAAGCUUGGCUGCUGAACCCAUAUGCAAUAUUGACCGUUAAAUGAUUUCACUAGAUGAUGUUUCAGACUUGAGGAUGAUACUCUGAUAGGAACUUUAUAUUAUACUCGCCUUGUAAAUUCGUAGCAGAAGAAGAUGCUUGCCUCUGCCAUUCCGGAUUCCCAUUUGGCAAAGAGCAUUUUGACAUGGACAGACGAGAUACAUAUAUUUUAUUCUCCAAGAAAAGAGAGAUAUAUUUUAGAGUGAAUUUCCUUUUAGCCCCUUUGUGUGCAGCUUUGGCACUUGGUCCCAUAUUUGUUGCAGUCCUCCUUUUCUCUUUUUUUUUUUUUCGAAAUGAUAGAAUUGUAUUGAUUUACUAAAAGUAUAUACAGUGCGAGCAAUGGCUCGAUACUUA